AUGGCAUCCUCACAGGUCCAUCAACUCGUCGUCAGACUCAAGUCAUGUGUGCAAGACACAAGGCCAGCCGAUCUCGCCCUGGUCGCGCUGGCAGCUGUCGCUCUCACUCUCCUGACCACAUGUAUUUACCGACUCUACUUCCACCCACUCGCACGCUACCCUGGGCCGUGGUAUAUGAAAGUCACUUCGCUGUAUGAUUUCUACAUUGGUGUCGGGGAGCGCAGACAUCUCCAUAUCCAUCAUUUGCAUCAGAAAUAUGGCCCCGUGGUUCGGUACAGCCCGAAUGCUUUGGCCUUUAACGAUCCCCAAGCCUUUCGAGAUAUCUACGGGUUCAAACGCAAUUUUCGGAAAGCAGACGCCACGACCGUCGGCGCUUCUGGCCACCCGGACGCACGAAAUACAUUCAGCGAGCCCCUGACAGAAAACGCUAUGAAGAAGAGAAGGAUCCUGUCACAGGGUUUCUCGGAGUCUGCUUUGAGAGAUGCUGAAGAAUUCAUGAUUGAAAAGAUCCAGAUCCUGUGUAAACAGCUGAUCAACCCCGAGACAGAAAAGGCCAAAGACAUGUCGCUGUGGUUGAAUUACCUGGCCUACGACAUCAUGGGCGAAGUCGUCUUUGGGAAGAGCUUCGACAUGUUGACGAACCCGUCCUUGCGCUAUGUGUUGGACUUGAUCGAUUCCAUGGUGUUUUCAACUCUCCUGGGAGGCAUCGCACCCUGGAUCUACAGGAGUGGUUUGAUCAACGUCCUCUUCCCGCGGCUCCUGCGUACCCGCACCAAAUUCAUCGCCUACGUGGCUGGUGUCGUGCAGAACAGAAUUGCAGCCGAAGCUGAUGCCGCCGCCCAAGGACGACGCAAGGACUUUUUCCAUUAUCUGCUCAACGCCAAAGACGCAGCCACGGGCAAGCCGUUGCCGAUCGAGUUCCUCUUCUCCGAGGGCGUCUUGUUGGUCGUCGGCGGGAGCGACACCAGUACAUUGUCUCACACAGGUCUAGCCGCCACCCUUUUCUAUCUGCUCAAAUACUCCCAGUGUAUGGAGAGGCUGCGUCAAGAACUCGACGCCAAGUUCGACUGCGUCGAUGAGAUCAGAUCAGGCGCGAAGCUGGCUAGCUGUGUCUACCUUCGAGCUUGUGUGGACGAGGCGCUGCGCAUGGCACCUCCAGGUCCUGGAUUACUUCCCAGGGCGGCCUUGAAGGGCGGAGAAACCGUGAAUGGAGAGUACAUCCCAGAAGGUAUUGACGUCGGCGUCGGCUGGUGGGCCCUUGCGUACAACGAAAAGUACUUUCCCGAACCAGACAUGUUCCGACCAGAGCGAUACCUCACGAGUGACGGGAGUACGGACGAAGACACCGCUACGGCAAAAGAUUGCUACUGGGCGUUUUCCAUGGGGCCCCGAAAGUGUCCCGGCAUCAAGAUGGCGUAUCAGGAACUCUACAUCACGAUUGCGAGGCUGGUUUAUCUUUUCGAUAUGCACCCGGAGCGGCCAGAAGAGUUGCAGAAGAACUUUGAGCUUCUUGAUCAUUUCAGUAAGUGGGAUAUCACCCCCGACCAUGUAAUCUCUGGAGAGAUAUUGAUGAGUGGCUAG